AUGUCAAAUGAUGUGAACAGCCAAGCUGAUAAGGUAUGUUUGGUUUAACAUAUUAUGCAUGCUAAUUUUUUUCAUGACAGUUGGGAUAUGUGAAGUGUAUUUGAAAGAAAUAUAUGUGCUGUUACAAUUGGGCUGCUAUCAUAACUGCAAUGUCAUUAAUUCUUCUAAUUGGAAAACAGAAAAAUUAUGGUAAACAAUUUGUUGAUUAAUGCUAAUUUUUCUUUGGAUCAAGCCCAAUGAGGAAGAAAAUAUCGAUAAAGCAGAAGAAGAAGAAGGCACUUCAUCUAUUGAUCUGCAUGCGGUACCUAUUUCUGCAAAUUAAAAUUUUGCUGCUUAAUCUUUUUCUGUUUGUUAUAUUCCUUGUCUUUUGUUACUAACAGUAGGGUAGUUGUAUGGUAGUUAAAAAUAUUAACUACAACAUAUAAUGAUACAAAUACGUAGCAUAAUAUACAAAUAAUGGGAUAAACUUUUAGCAAGAAAGUGGAAUUGUAUAUGGCGGUUGUGAAGGACCAAAUGCAAUGUACGUAAAACUUGUCAGCAGUGAUGGACAUGAAUUUAUUGUUAAACGUGAACAUGCAUUAACCAGUGGAACAAUAAAAGCUAUGCUAAGUGGACCUGGACAGUUUGCAGAAAAUGAAGCCAACGAAGUUAAUUUUCGAGAAAUCCCAUCUCAUGUAUUGCAAAAAGUUUGCAUGUAUUUUACAUACAAAGUACGUUAUACAAAUAGCAGCACAGAAAUACCGGAAUUCCCUAUUGCACCUGAAAUUGCAUUAGAAUUAUUGAUGGCUGGAAAUUUCCUGGAUUGUUAA